UCCCCUUUAUCAAAACGAAACUAAAUGGUUGUUGGACAGUUUAGGAUCGGUUUCAAAUUUGAAAAAUGCUGAAUGCGACUCAAGAAUAAACGACGGACAUCGAUCAUAUAGAUUGCUACGCACCCGCAAAACACCAGUCUCAACGUCAACAGUGAAGAGGCGACUCCAGGAUGCUGGCCUUCUAGGCAGAGUUCCUCUGUCCAGUGUCUGUAUUCUUUUGCCCAUCUUAAUCUUUUCUUUUUAUUGGCCAGUCUGAAAUAUGUAUUUUUCUUUGCAACUCUGCCUCUUAUGUCCAUAGCCUCUUUUUUUGGUAAAUGAUAAUUUCUAAUUGAAUGAACAUAUGAGACAAUUUGAGUGAACACGUGUUUUUAAAGUUGACUGAAUUUUUUUGCCUAAAAAUGUUAAGUUCAGCUAACACUUUGACCGAAAAGUUGAGUAAACAAAAAAACAAACAACAAAGAGUCUGUGGAACCAGUUAUUUAUUAGUAUUACGGUGAAAGAACUAGAUGUAUUUUACAGUGCAGGUUUGGUCAGAUAAGGUCUCAUAAUGAGCCAUCUAUCAUUGUGCUAUUUAUGUCACACUCAUUUACAUAUUGAACUCGCUGAACGCUUCAUGUUUUUCAGGUAUUUUCAGACGUCAUUCUCACUGUAGAUCCGAACACUUUCAAAGAUCCCAACCAGGUGAAGUACCUUCUCACUGGAUGUGGUAACCGCGUUACAGGAACCUUGCAUUACGAAGUGCGGGGAUCAUUUGAGGAAAUAGAGGACCUGUUUGUGAAGAUGUCAAGUAUAGACAGAUAUGCCGCCCCCAAUCUCAGAGACAGUCCUCUUCGUCACCUACAGCGUCUUCGGUCACCUAGUCCAGUGAAACCAGUGGCGAUAGUUGGAGCCGUUUGGGAUUUCAUCCAACAGAGAUGCUCAAAGGAGUUGAAGAGAAUCCAAGGGGAAGAUGUCUUAAUUCAUAAACUUUGUGACAAAAUGGUGGUGACCUUUGAAAGCCACAGAAAAGACUCGGUUCGGGUUCAUUUCGCCAGAGAGCGCUUUGUCACGUUCUAUCAGAGACUCGCUACAGAUCUGAAAGUGCAGACUUACAGUUUGGAUCCACAAUACUACAAAAGCUUGCAGAGACAGUUUCCAGAACUUUUGAUUGAAGGAGGCCCCAGUAAAGACAAUAUUACAGUGACAGGGCGCUACAUGCACAUUGUGAUGUUGGAGGAUUUUCUACGGCACGGUUCCAGUUCCCCUGUGACAUCACAACGACCCCUGACACCCCAGAGAGUUAGCCCCCGAGCCUCUGGUACUACACGCAACAAGCAAUCGGACGACGAAGAAGAAGAGUCAUGUCCGAUUUGUCUGGACACCAUUAAAGAGGACAGAAAGAAGACGUUGGCAUGUAAACACUCGUUCUGUAGAGGCUGUCUGGAGAAAGCGUUCAAGACCAAACCUGUCUGUCCAACCUGUGGGGCAGUCUAUGGGGAACUGAAGGGGACGCAGCCAAAGGGCGGGACUAUGGCUGUUACUCAGGAAAGAUCCUCUUUGUCUGGAUAUGACAAGUAUGGAACAAUCGUGAUUCAGUACCACAUUCCAAGUGGAAUACAGAAGGAGGAGCAUCCCAACCCAGGUCAGACUUACCAGGGUGCAUCACGUACAGCGUAUCUCCCAGAUUCCUCAGAGGGCAGGAAUGUUCUGGCUCUCCUGAAGAGGGCCUUCGACCAGCGACUCACGUUCACUAUUGGCCGAUCUUCCACCACAGGCAUGGAAAACAUGGUCACGUGGAACGACAUCCACCAUAAAACCUCCAGGAGCGGAGGCACCAGUUGCUAUGGAUACCCUGACCCCGACUACCUGAGACGUCUACAGGAUGAACUGAAGGUCAAAGGAAUCUAUUGACAUGUCGUCUGCGUGUCUCGCAACUACCGAUAUGCAAGAAUGAAGAAAGAGACGUCACAAAUACAUGUGGUACACACAGCUGCUUCAGGUUAACUCUUGUGAAAUGAAGAUUGUUACGUUUCUCCAACAAGAAAACCAAAUAAUAUCACUAAAACAGAAGGGGUACUUAACAGUCACUGAUAAUCAGAACAAAACAGGUUUUAGGAGGGGUUCUGAAAGACAGUCAUGGGCGUGUCCCACCGUGCUAAUGACACCCACCGUAGUAACGACACCCACCGUAGUAAUGACACCCGCCGUAGUAAUGACACCCACCGUAGUAACGACACGCACAGUAGUAACGACACCCACCGUAGUAAUGACACCCACCGUAAGAGCACUGGGCUAGCCACUCUUAAAUAUCACCGAAACCAUCUUACCACUAACGAGAUGGUAACCAGCAUAAGUGUAACACAUACUAACGAGGUGCCACCACUCAGUGUGCCCUACGUGCUAACUUGCUAAAAAAAACGACAACAUUUUUAUUUUGUAGGCUGUCACUCAAAAGAAAACGACACUAAGAAAUAAGAGUUUAAGAUGUAAUAAAAUAACUGAAAAAUACCCCCCCCCCCCUCCUUAUCUCCCACUCACAGAAACCGUUCGGAGUAAAGAAAUUAACAAAUUGUGGUUUCUUCUUUUAAAUUUAUUGAACAUAAACAAGUACAUAAGCUACUAUUUUCAUAACUUGUAAAAAGCCCCCCCCCCCCCUUAUCUCCCACUCACAGAAACCGUUCGGAGUAAAGAAAUUAACAAAUUGUGGUUUCUUCUUUUAAAUUUAUUGAACAUAAACAAGUACAUAAGCUACUAUUUUCAUAACUUGUAAAAAGCCCCCCCCCCCCUUAUCUCCCACUCACAGAAACCGUUCGGAGUAAAGAAAUUAACAAAUUGUGGUUUCUUCUUUUAAAUUUAUUGAACAUAAACAAGUACAUAAGCUACUAUUUUCAUAACUUGUAAAAAGCCCCCCCCCCCCUUAUCUCCCACUCACAGAAACCGUUCGGAGUAAAGAAAUUAACAAAUUGUGGUUUCUUCUUUUAAAUUUAUUGAACAUAAACAAGUACAUAAGCUACUAUUUUCAUAACUUGUAAAAAGCCCCCCCCCCCCCACAAAAAAAAGAAGCUGAAUUCAUUUGAAGAAUAAAGAAAAAGCCAUUAAAACUCAAAUUACAGAAAAUAUUUGGCCUUGUUUGUUGUGACAAUAUAUUCAGUAUGCAUUGUUAUAUUACCAUUCAUUCAUGUCUAUAAGGCACCAAAUGAUAAGUAGCAUAAUAACAUAAUACUUGAAAAAACCAAUCCACAUAAAAGAGAUCAAAAAUCAAAGUAUACGACCAUCAUAUACAUCUC